UCUACAGUCUAACGGACGUUUUCAAAGAGGAGCGGCUUCACUGACAUGGCUCACAUUACAUCAUCAUUAUUACUUCUGAUCAUCACAUGGUUCCUGCCUGUGCUUUCUGCUGAAGCCCUGAUCCUGAAAGCUCGACCUGGAGACGAUGUCACUCUGAGCUGUCAGGCUCCUGAUGUCGACAUUGAAGCAGCAGAGUGGAGCAGAGCUGACCUGAAGAAAGAAGAAUAUGUCUUCCUUUACCGAGACAGACACACUGACUCAAUCAAACAGCAUCAGUCUUUUAAGAACCGGGUGGAGCUGAAAGACAAAGAGAUGAAGAACGGCGACCUGUCUGUGAUUCUGAAGAACGUCAAGAAGGAGGACAGUGGAACAUAUGAGUGUCGCUUUAAAACAGAAAAUGUGGAAAGCAACAUUACUGAAGCCAAGCCCACCAGCACCAUCAAGCUGGAGGUUGUGGAUCCAGAUACAGGGUCCUGAGGGGGUUCGUCCUGCCCGGGAGCCGCGGCGGAUUCCCUAAGAAGCAGCCGAACUACAAGAUCGUCAAUCAAGUUCACAAUUCACUUUGCAAUAAAUCCCUC